GUUCCCCUUUUUGUUCAGGUAACCAAGGAUACCCUUCCGAUCAGAUUCCCGAUUGCGUGCGAGUCUCGCCUGCCGCUUCACCAAGGCCCGGUAUAGCCCCGCCUGUGCUCGAUGUCGAAGAGCGGGGAGUGUUUCGUGACGCAGACUCCAGAGACGAGAUUGUGCACGGGUAGGGGCGUGCGGACCGAACAGGAAGCGAAGGAAAUGGCGAAAGAGUUUGCCUGUUCGCGAAUGGCGAGCUGCAGGAAAGCGGAGGGGCGGAGGAGGAAGGGGUGGCCUGAUGGGGGCCCGAGGGGAGCGCCAGCGAAAGCGAGGGAGUUGUUGGGGCGCCACGGUAAUUAAAUAUAUUCAGGGAGAUAUAUAGAAGAUGAUGGUGGUAUAUGAGUGAAAAAGAGAAUGGACGAUGGGAGGGGGGGGGUAUGCCAUAUUGACUUUCUCAGUACUAGCGAAAAUAUGUCAACAACAUCAUCAUUGUACCAGGUCGUAGCAGACCUCGACAAGCAAGUUCAUCCACCCUUCUAUUUCCAUUCAAUUCAAUUCAAUUCAAUCCCAUCUAACCUCCCCAACAGCUUCCCCUACCCCACCACCAACGAUGCCGACAACCCCAUCCUGCAAAACUACCACGCCUUCAGGAUCACCGGCAUCCCCCAAACCCUAGGCUACAUCCCCAACGAGCUAAUAACCACCUUCCCCUGGCCAUCAGACACCUGGGCCAUUAAUACCACUCCCUCCAGCAAAACAAUCACCCUCCUCACGCCUCCCACCGCAACCGCCUCCACCCGCACCGCCAUCCUCCUCCCCACCCUCCAGCAACUCGCCUCCCACGGCAUCCUCCGCGGCUGGCGCAACGAGACCUUCGCCCUCUACGGCCCAGACGGGUCCGUCAUCCUGGAAAUAGAACGCGCCGCAAGCGCCCUCUUCGGGAUAGUAACCUACGGCGUGCAAAUGCUCUGCUACACCGAUGACAAAGUCUCCAACACACCGCACCUCUGGAUCGCUAAACGCUCCUCCCUUAAACAGACCUACCCCGGCAUGUUAGACACCACUGCCGCGGGGGGACUAAGUACAGGGUUACCACCGAGGGAGGCCAUCAUACGGGAAGCGAGCGAGGAGGCGGAGAUCCCGGAAGAGUUGAUGCGGAAGGAGAUGAGGUUUGUGGAUCGGAUUUCGUAUUUCCAUGUUAAGAAGGAGAGCGUUGGGGGGAUAGGGAUGGUGGAGCUGUUGCAGCCCGAGGUGGAGUAUUUGUAUGAGCUGAGGUUGGGGAAGGAGGUAGUUCCAAGUCCGGCAGAUAAUGAAGUGGAGGAUUUUAGGCUGUGGGGGGUAAAGGAGGUGAAGAAGGCGCUAGGGGAGGGGAGGUUUAAGCCGAAUAGUGCGGUGGUGGUGGUGGAUUUCUUGUUGAGGAGGGGGGUGUUGGAUGGUAAUGAUGAGGAUGAGAGAAUUCGCGUGAGGUUGCAUAGGGAGUUGCCUUUACCAGUGGUGGAUCAUGAGGGGGGAAGAGUAUAGUAGUUCGUAUAUUAGUAUUAAAGAUAUGAUCGAUUAUGGAUGCAUUUUGAAUCGAUUAAGGCGG